UGUUAUAUUUAUAAUUACAGACUGUUAUUAUUUCAUCGAGUUUUAUGCCAUGUUUUAUCACUUCAUUACCAGCUGAAUACAAUAAGGAGUCAAAUAAUUAUAAUAAUAUUAACAACAACAAUACGAACAAAGACGGAAUUUUAAUUGAAUCCCAGGAACACUUGAUAGAUAAAAAAAUUUUAUCAGUUGACAAUAAUUGGCACAACAACAAUAAUAACACAUACGGGAUAAAUUUAGAUGAUGAUGAUAAUAAUAAUAAUAAUAACAAUAAUCCAAUACGAUAUCAACAUCAGUGGUUAAAUUACGAGGGUAAUCAAUAUCAAACAGAAGCAGCAGCAGCAGCAGUCAAUUUCCCAUUAGCAGUGCACAAACAAGGAAAUCUAAAGACGUCAACUGAUUAUUCAACGAAUUCAAAUUAUCAAGAUAAUGUACAUGUUACUGACAUAAUAACCCCUUCUAUUCCAGUAGAUGAAGCUUUAUUAUUAUUUGAAAAUUUUGGAGAUAAAAUAAUAAAAACUGAUGAUGAUUUAAAUUAUUAUGAAAAUGACACUGGAACGGUAGAAUCACAAAAUUAUUAUUUUUCAACGGAAUUACCGAUUGAAAAUAAUAAAGAUAAAACGAUACGAGUAUCAUCUGAAAAUUAUAAAAAUGCUUUAGCUAAUUUUAAAAGUCAAUUAAUUAAAAAUUCACGAGUGUCUUUAAAUAAUAAAACACAUGUUACGACAUUAACAGCAACAUCAGCAGCUAAUAAAAAUAAAUUAUUACCGGAAUUAUCACGUUUAACCUUUCAAAAUUUCAAUGAUUCAUUAACAGAUAUUAUUUCGGAAAAUGAACAAACAAAAGUUAUCGCAAAUCAAAAAGUUUUAACAAAAUUUAAUACCGAAGAACCUAUUGUUGUUUCUGAAACAGGAAUAAUGAUACAUAAAAAUUAUGAUUACGGUACAGCAACGCUUCCAUGCAAUAUUGAAAAUGAAAAUACAGAGGUGGUUGAAUCACAACUGCUAUCAUCAACAACAAUACCACCACCUUCCGAAGAAGAAGAAAAAGAAAAACAACUAACAAAAAGUUCAACAGAUGAAGGUACAACGGAUUACAAUACUCCUGUCCAUUCUAUUCAUUCUGUUGAUUCUGUUAAUUCUCCGUUGUUUAUCCGAGAACUUUCCAAUAGAGAUCAGGAUACCACAUCACCCGUAGUAUUAAAUUCAAUCCAAGCUGGGUUGGCUUUAGUUAACGCUGACAAGACUCAUUUUAUUGAAAAUAAAGUUGAACCUCUAAAUCAGUUUAAAUUAAAUGGUUAUUCUGACAAUUACCCAUUUGAAAAUAUCAACACCAGCAACAAAAAUAGUAAAAAUGUUAAAUCGAUUAAAUCACCAGCAGAAAAAAAUGUCACAUUAGCGUCAAUCAACCACGAUAACGAUAACGAUAACGAUAACGAUAACUACAACUACAACGACAACGGUAAACUUGUAGAAAUUCAAAAGUCAGUGGAACUGUAUAAUAGUGCACCGAUCCAUGAAAUUCAUUAUCCACCUGCACUAUCGAUCAAUCACCCAGCUUCACCAAUUUCAUCAGUUUCAUCAGUUUCAUUAGUUUCAUCAGCUUCAUCAGCUUCAUCAGCUUCAUCAGCUUCAUCAGCUUCAUCAGAUUUUGUUUAUAUUACUUCACACCAAGAUAAUAAUCAUCAAAAAAAUCAAAUGUCAUAUACAAAUACUGAUAUCAGUGACAGUAAUACCGAUUUUAGCCUUAAAUUUUUAUCUAUUAUCAAUCAAACCACCCCUUCCUUUUCAACAUCAGAACAACAACAACAACAACAACAACAACAACAACAACAACAGCCAGUUAAUUUAAAUAACAACAUUGUGUUUGACAUUGAAAAACAAAAAAUAAUUGAAAUUAAUAAAAAUAAUAAUAAUUUUACGAAUAAAAAUAAUAUUGGAGGUGAAAUUUAUGAGACUGAAGAUCAAAUGUCAUCUUCAUCUGAAUUUUUAGAAUAUAAAAAUAAACAAGCAGUAGAAGAUAAUAAUGGAAAAAAUUUAUUAGUUGAUAGAGAAUCAGAUAACGUAUCAAGAUACAUUAAUAGUAAUAACAGCUCUAUCAAAAGUCACAUGGAUUAUAAUAAUAAUAAUAAUAACAAUCUAAAUAAUUUUAAACAAGAGGGAUACUCUAAUUUAAUAGAAAAGGAUAAAAUAGCCGAUGCGACAGAUAAUUCCGAACAAACUGUUUACAUUUACUCGCCACCUGUAGUAAGUGGUGGUUACGGAUCUAUAGAUAUAUCAAAUUACAAUAUAAAUUUGCCAAUAAAUAGUGAAAUUGUUGAACAAUCAAACUAUCCAGUUGACAAAUUAGUUGAUGGUGUACUCGAUAUCACCACCGGUGCCCGAUAUUCUCAGCCUUAUUUUGUUAACAAAGAUAAUAAUAAUAAUAAUAGAGUUGUUGAAAAGUACCAGUACCAGUACCAAAAGCUAAAGCUAAAGCCGAAACCGAAGCCGAAGCAAAAGCACGUGCCAGUUAUACAGACUUAUCCAGUUACAGCUGAGAAGAUGUCCAAGAAUAAGGUACCGUCACCUCACCAACCAACUAAAACUAUUACUAGUACCAGUAACACUGGAACAUAUAUUCAAAAAUUUGUAUCUCAACCCUAUCCUAUUCACAUACUUGAACAGUUGCCGUAUCAAGUAGAUAAGGUCAUUGAAAUGCCAAUCCGAAUUCCAAGUAACCAUCCACUUGGAGAAAUUCCACCAAGAUUAUCAUCAUCAUCAUCACUGUUAUCAUCAAUAAAAUUUGAUAAAUUAAGUAACAAUAAUAAUCCAAAUUAUUAUCACCAAAUAAUUAAUCCAUCUAUUCAGUCCAAUGGACUUUUGUACCCAACAAGACUACAACAAACAAAAUCUGAAAAAUCUGAAAACUCUGAACAAGGUGAAAGUUUUACCAACAGUUCAACACUAAACUUAAAAGGUUACACAAUUGGUAAGCAAGCAGUUAUGCCACUGGUGGUGGCUAUGCGGUCUCCUUUGAGCAAACGAUACAGUUUGUUAAGUCAAAUUGGGCUUGUCAAACAUCAACAACAUCAAAAAAAUCAACAACAACAACAACAACAACAACAACAACAACAACAUAUUUUUAAUUAUUAUCCAUCUAGUAAUUUUAAAAAACAAUUAUAUAAUAAUAAUAAUAAUAAUAAUAAUAAUAAUAAUAAUAAUAACAACAACGAUUUAUUGAACCAAUUACCAAUUUCAAUGCAUCAUCCAAAGUCUGUUGUCGAUCAAACGAGUUUUCAAUGGCACGUGAUUCAUCCCAAUGAAAAACAAAAAAUAACAAAGAUUGAGUACGUGGGGUCGGUACCAUCGCUAACGCGGCAUCAUGUCUUGAAUCUUCAUCAGAAUCAAGUACCGCAUCCGGCUCAUCAGGAAUCACUCCACUACUUGGGCGCUACUGAUACAUCUUCUUCUUCUUCUUCUUCAACAUUACCAGCUGGUUCUUUUUUUGAAAGACUAAGACUGCCGGAAAUCCAUUACUACGGUAAAAUCGGCAACUUCAGACAGUCAAAAAUGGAAUAUGGAUUCAAACCACCAAUGGUACCGUCUAUUCAAUACGACGAAGAAACUGCUACUAAAGUCGAUAAUCACUGA